UUGAUCAACCACAAUCAUGGCACCCAAAAAGGCAAAUGAUAAGAACAAGGCCAAGGCCAAGUCCAAGUCCAGUGAGGACAAGACCUUUGGAAUGAAGAAUAAAAACAAAUCCAAAAAAGUACAGACUCAAAUUGCCCAGAUGAAGGCUGGAGUAGAUGGAGGGCUCGAAAAGAAGAGAGAAGCGGAUGCAAAACGGCGUGCUGAAGAAAAGAAAGCUGCCGAACAAGCCAAAAAGGAAGCUGCUGCCCUUUUCGGGAUCCAGCAAGCCAAGGUUCCUUUUGGUGUGGAUCCCAAGUCUGUUUUGUGUGAAUUUUUCAAAAAAGGUGUAUGUGCUAAAGGUAACAAGUGUAAGUUUUCACAUGAUUUGAAUGUGGGACGUAAAGAUGCUAAGAAGGAUUUGUACACGGAUGCCCGUGCUGAAAAGGAGGAAGACACCAUGGACAACUGGGACGAAGAGAAGUUGCGAAGUGUCAUUAUGAGUAAACAUGGUAAUCUUAAAACCACCACCGACAAGGUGUGUAAAUACUUUAUUGAGGCAGUGGAAAACGCUAAAUACGGAUGGUUUUGGGUGUGUCCUAACGGAGGAAACGAGUGUAUGUAUCGUCAUUCGCUUCCUCCUGGAUUUGUAUUGAAGACCAAAGAGCAGAAGAAACUUGAACGGUUGGCAGCAGAAAGUGCACCCAAGAUUACCUUGGAAGAUUUCAUUGAGUUGGAAAGAGGAAAAUUGGAUAGAAGUAAAUUCAUUCCAAUUACUUUGGACUCCUUCCAAGUCUGGAAAGCUAAGAAGCGGGAUCAACAGGCCAGAGAAGAAAGAAAAGAACGAGAAAAACGUAAACGGACUGGUCGUGAAAUUGUCAUGGACUUGUUUGCUGAUAAGUACUAUAGUGAAGAGGACAAUAAGGAUGAAUGGGAUUUGAGUGAAUUCCGUGAGUCGUUGCCGGAAGUUGAAAGUGAUGUGAAAGACUAUGGAAAUGCGGCUGAAGAACAUGAUGAUAUAGACAAUGAUGAGGAAACUGACACAAAUGGCACAUUAAUCAAUGGAGAUGUCAACGACACAACAAAAUACAAUAACAAUGGAAACACUCAGAAGAUUGUGGAGUCAAAAGUAGAAGUGGAGGCCUAGGCCAUGGCCAUAGCAUAUAUUGCAGUUAUUAUUCUAGCAAUACACGACUGAUUCAUGUGAUUAGGCUAUUUAGAUUCUCUCACGAUGUCCUUGAGAACUUCGCAUGUUGUAUCGUAUAAGUCAUCUUCAUCAUCUCGGAAGAACCGUACCUUGGUCCCGGUGUUUUCUAACAUUUUAGCUCCAGUCAUGGCCCUUUCAAUCCAUUCGGCUCCUUUUCCAUCAAUACUUUGUAAAUCUUCAAAAUGGUGAGAGUAGUAAAUGUUGUGUAGAUUAUCGAGGAUUUCGUCUCUGGUGGGAGUUUCGUAUGCAAUAGUGGUGGCAGGCCGACGACGAGGAGGUAAGUCUGGUGCACCAAUAACCUCUGUAUCUGUAUGUGCUUUCGCGAGACCAAGUGUACUAGGACGAGUUGGUAACUUUGGGGGCAUUUCCACCAAACUUUCUGGUGAGGAAGGAGGGGGUUUUCUAACAAGAUUGCCUCGAAGACUACUAGGUUUCUUGGGGAUCGUUGGAGGGAGUUUGGUUUUAUGAGGAAGCUCAGGAAUGGUAUCACUCAAAUCAAUCAAGUCUUCCAAAUCCUCAGGGUUGAUUUUCUGUUGUGCCGUACUCACCAGUCUUGGAUUAAUGGGUCUAGGUAUUUCGUGAGCAGGUUUAGUUAGAAUUCGGUUAACUUCAUCGACAAUUUUAUCUUCCUUUAAAAAGCUCAUCAGAUUAGGAACUACACGGAUGUAGAUUGCAGCCAAUUUUCCUGGGUACCGAGAUGCCAAAUCAACAUACGAUUCAAAGUCAUACUCACCGGAAUCCCCAACACAUACAAAUCGUUUUCGUGGAAAAUCUUC